AUGGCUGAGACGAGAUUCGAUGUUGGGAAGCUUUUGCAAGAAACUGAGGUUAAAGAGACUGAAGAUGGCAAGACGAGUGGAAUCGUUGGGUUGAGAGUCAUGUGCCAGAUCCAUAUGCUUCGGCUUUUGGGCGAAAACGAUCAAUUUGUAUGGAGUGCGAAGCCCUCGGGUUCGCAACAUACACAUAUGUAUCGCCUGCUUUCGUUGCACCUUCGAACACCUUACCUACAGUUACGAGCGGCAUCAGCCUCAUUGGUCGUGAGACUACUCGGGUCUGGCGUGCUAUUUGAGCAUGAUCCCAAAGAGAUACUGGCAUGGAUCGAGUCUUUGCCCAGAACUAAAUAUACAAACUCGGCCGGCACCGAAGACGAUAUUGCGAUUUUCCUCGGCUUUUUUGACGAUGUGCUCUCCCGAUGCGUCAAAACUCCGUACAAAUACCUGGAGCAGGGCAGGCAGCUUUAUUCUAGCUCCGGUGAUGUUUCGCGGAUGCCUAGUCCAUUGUUCAUGGCGCUUCUCGAGCAGCUGCGGCAUAAACCGAUGGAAUCCACAUCUCGUCGAUUGAUCGCCUCGUUCGUAGCACGGCUUGUCAAACUGCUCGUUGGAAAGAUGGAACUCAAGGAUUCCAAGGCGAUCGCUGGAUAUAUGCGGGAUAUAUUCGUUAAGGAGGGCGGAGAAAACUUUGGACUAAAGGUCGUUUCUAGGCUGGAGACAUUUUUAGAUGAUUUGGUGCCAGCUGAACCGAAAUGGAUAUGGACACGAGCCACAAGUCUCGGCGAAGAUCGUAGGCGGGUACGCAGCUCAGGCGAGGAGCUUGGUGCGCUGGAUCUUAUCAAGCUUCUCAAGUUUUUAGUGGGUCGGUCCGUUGACGAAGUCGCCCUGAGAGAUUUUCUGGAGGAAGUUGAAUUUAGAACUCUUUCGGCCUCUUUAUCAACUUUGGUGGGGGACAAAGAAACGAUGGAAAACCUGUUUAAUGCCAUUGAGGAUAAUGUUUCAACAGGACGUCAAUCUCGACAUUUUCAUACAGCUUUCCUCAAUUCUUUGUCUCGGUUCCCAGUCGAGCUCCUCACAUGGGCGUGCGGUCUCAUGGCCCAUCAACUUGGCGCCGCUAUUGCUACAGCUCUAUGCGGUCGCAUUGAUGGAAAUACUUGGGUUGACGAAUGCAAAGGAAUAGUGUCAGCCCUUCUUAAUAGGGACAACGAUAACGACCUAGCGUUAGCUUCUCCUUACUCUCAAUACUGGUCUGGGUCCCUCCUGGAAGCUUCAUCAACCACCGAACUUGAAGCAAAUGCACCCGGCUUUUCUGUUUGGAUUCCGUUCACUCCAGCCUCCACAUGCAUCCGGGUAUUGAAAUUGACUCUCUCUCGCAUUCAAGACUGGGAAAAUAUCUCUCCUACAUUGAAAUUGUUACUCGAGUCACUGGGUGACCACCUUCGUCCAAUGAGCGUAAACAAGCUUCUUCAGUCCGUUUUGCACCAUUCGGCAUUUGCCUCAAUAUGCCAAGUUACGCUCUUGCUCAAAGAUGGGCCUGUUAGCCUGCUCCGUUCUCUAUUCCACAAGCACCCAUCAAGCACUUGCCACCCGAGUCAUAUAAUUCCGCUCCUCCAUAUAUAUCGAGGGACUCUAAGUCAACAGGACACUCAGAUCUUGUCUAUAUUCCAUUUAUUCGAAAAAUCACGCCAGAUAUCAACCUCUGACAUCUUGAGGAACUGGACUCCCGACCCCUCACAUACACAACCAAAAGAUUUCCUAUCGGCUGUAUGCAAUUUUAACCCAUCGACCAUGUUCCGAACUUGCGCUUCGUUCCCUCAACGAAGGGACCCUCAAUCUAUGGAACUUGAAGCUGGGGAUAACAGGAACGAUGUGUACGAUCCUAACUUUGUUUUACCACUAUUAGUUGCACUUAUGGCAAGCGAGGAGCCCGUAACGACCGUGAGCUCCUUGUCCUCCAAAAGACCGACUAUGCGACAACUGGGGUACGCAGCAUUGGUCACAGCUUACACACGGCUUCCCGACGUAGACUUUCAAGAGCGAAAUCAACUCAUAUAUACCCUAGAUUUGCUGCGUAACUUGAUACCCCAACCUGAUUCAACACCAUCACACACAAUCCCGCGACUACCCACAUACACGACCCUCCUCUUUUCUCAUGCACUUAGGGACGUUUUCUCUCCCGCUACGCCUCUAUAUCCAUUGAUAUCGAGAUUCCUAUUGCAACGACCGCAAUUUGACCCCAAGGAUGUACCUCUAUUGUACACACUUUUAUACAGUAGCUCUGGGGAAUGGAGGCGCGAACGGGGUUGGAUACUACGCUUUUUGGCAGAUGGGAUGCGUAGCACUGAGGACUGGAAAGUUCUCAAACGACGACAUACCUGGGACCUACUAGCAAGCUUGUUUCAAUCCUCGAUUGAAGACAGGAUGCUGAGACUAUCAAUACUGGAGGUUCUGAUAAAUGCCAUGAAGCUGGGGAUAACAGGAACGAUGUGUACGAUCCUAACUUUGCUUUACGCUAUUAGUUGCACUUAUGGCAAGCGAGGAGCCUGUGACGACCGCGAGCUCCUUGUCCUCCAAAAGACCGACCAUGCGACAACUGGGGUACGCAGCAUUGGUCACAGCUUACACACGGCUUCCGAUGUAGACUUUCAAGAGCGAAAUCAACUCAUAUAUACCCUAGAUCUGCUGCGUAACUUGAUACCCCAACCUGAUUCAACACCAUCACACACAAUCCCGCGACUACCCACAUACACGACCCUCCUCUUUUCUCAUGCACUUAGGGACAUUUUCUCUCCCGCUACGCCUCUAUAUCCAUUGAUAUCGAGGUUCCUAUUGCAACGACCGCAAUUUGACCCCAAGGAUGUACCUCUAUUGUACACACUUUUAUACAGUAGCUCUGGGGAAUGGAGGCGCGAACGGGGUUGGAUGCUACGCUUUUUGGCAGACGGGAUGCGUAGCACAGAGGACUGGAAAGUUCUCAAACGACGACAUACCUGGGACCUACUAGCAAGCUUGUUUCAAUCCUCGAUUGAAGACAGGAUGCUGAGACUAUCAAUACUGGAGGUUCUGAUAAAUGCCAGUGCGAAUAAACAUGCAGCAACCUCACUCGUUCUAUCGUCGUCCAUAAUCUCUUGGAUCCACAUGCAACUUGACCAUACGCUCCCUUCAGAAGCUCUGGUAUACCUCAAAAUUCUUGAGAAUAUGGUAGUCGUACUCGACCAUGAACAGAUUGAACAGGCGACAUCCGGGCAUUGGCGAGACAGUGUAGCAGAGGUGGUCGGGAAAGUUGUUACAUCAUGUUUGAUGUGCCUCGCUUCUCGCAUUUUGCUUCGUCUGACUGCCAAACUCGAGUACCCCCCGAAAUCAUUUGCCCAUGCGGUGAAAACAAUAAUGAACACACUGCCCUCACUCGAAUCGUUCCCUGUUCAGGCACCCAUGAGUCCAUUAUCGACGGAUACAAGCGAACCUCUGCACACGAGCCGAAACUUAUUACAACCCCUGGCAGGUACCCCGGUUAAACAUUGGCUAUCAACUAUUAGCGCAUUGUGGGCACUGUCUAUGAGAUUGGACGUCGAUAGUCGCCUCUGGGCCGGGAUAACAUGCAGAGCCUUGUUCGCCAAUGUAGUGCUAGGUGGACUCGGUGACCUUGCCUGGGUGAGAGACCAUAGUGUCGCAAUGGUAGUAGGGGCUUCAGUAGACUCAGCCAAGUAG